AUGGAUGAGUUAAACAGUGAUGGGGGCGUUGUUGGUGACCCUGUUAAAAACAACAGUAGGGUGGUUGAACAACGCGAGGUUUCACCACAACAAAGUGGGAGGACAUCAUCGGAGGAGCGCCCGACUUUGUUAGUAAGGUUGAAAGAAGGCGAUGGGGUGCUGUUGCAGUGGGUCGAACCAGAAAGUGGUGAUAAUUUUUUGUAUCGUGCCUUGACCUCGCAAACUUACUUCGUCACUGAGGAGGAGGGAAGCAGCGUUGAUGGAGAGAGAAAGGAUUAUGGAGGAUCAGGCGAGGGGUUAGACCCUAAUGGACUUGCAAAUUUAAAUGCAUUGGUUGGGGAGGUUGUGAAAGAUGUCGGUGUUGAUGGUGGCCACAACCAAGCUGAGGAAACGACAAAUGUGCAUGAGGGACAGCAUGGCGAAACCGAAGGAAAGGGUAUUUCCGAGGGAGUGGGUUUUGAAGGCACAGACGUCGAGGCGGCGAAGACUGAGGGGGUAGAUGUUCAAAGCAGCGACGGGGAUGAAACAGAGGACGAGGAGGGCAGGCCUGGUGAGAGUGAGGGUGGGCUGGGUGAUCCUACGAUAGAGGAGGACGCUAGAAACACUGAGGACGGCAAGCCUGGAGAGACUGAGGGUGGGGGGGGGGGGAUCCGAAAGAAGAGGAGGACGAAAGAAAAACCGAGGUUGAUGUAUUUGAUGGUUUCGGUGAAGACCUAACAGAUGAGGAGCCGUCGACUGGGAAGACUGUAUUGGAUGUAAGUCACAAAUCCGAUGGUGGCGUUACAGCUAGACACGAGCCAGUGGAACAGGAAGGGGAGUUGGCGGCGGUGUUGUUGGCUAAGGAUCAAUACAUGGUACCUGAAAUCAUUCCAUUGGUUGAGGAUUGCGAUUAUGCCUUCUUUGAACGAGUGCUAAUGGCGAACUUAAAAGUGUUGCAUAUAAAUGCACGUGGAUAUGAUUUGGAGAACGAGUUUUUCAUUAACCUUGCCACAACAUGCAAAUGGGUGACUAGCAUGCAUAUGGAUAUACUGAUAGAGUACCUGGGUAGUCUACAUGCGAAGACGCUGAGAACGAACCGGGCGAUGUUCGUUGCCCCAUGGUUUUCGGCCCAUUUGCAAGGGAAGGGGCGGUCUUUUAGAGCGGCGAGACGCAAAACCCUCGUUGCGACUGAUUCACGGGUAACAAAGUUCCUAACAACGGAGGGGAAGCAGUGGGGUGUCGAUGUAGACACACUUUACGCCCCGAUGAUUUGGGACGGAAAUCACUGGGUGGGGCUUUGCAUAAGGCUGACAACAUGGGAUGUUCUUGUCCUGGAUCCGAGGCCAGGUUUGAAAUCUGUCGAGGAAGUUGCUAUAUUAUUGGCACCAGUUGCGGAAAUGCUUCCUUAUCUUGCGAAGAAGGUGUGUCCUCCCCAUGCUAUUGUGGAGCAUCAGCUGGUGCCUUUCCAUGUAGAGAGGGUAGUUGGAUUGUACGAGAACCUCUGCAGUGGGAACUGUGGCCCAGUGGCGGCCAAGUUCAUGGAAAUUCAUGCAACGAGGGAGGCUAUACCAAGAAUGGCUGGGCUGACGGAUGACCUUGUCGAUAUAUAUAGGAAGCAAUAUGCGAUGGAGAUUUACAGGUAUUGGGUCUUGCCUUUGUACAUGUGAUGAUUGUGGUGACUUGUUGUUUUGGUUAUGAAUGGAUAGGGUAUUUUGUGGUGUGGUUGUAUUGUAUUAAAAAAUGCUUAUUUUGUAUUUUGUAAGGUCAAAUAUUUUAGAUGUGGUGUUUAACUGAACGGAUUAUUAUUUAUAAGGAUGUUGUGUUUUAUUUUA